CCUUGCGUAGUACAUCAUUCAGGUAGUGACGUUGUGCUCAUAUCUCCAGCAGCUGCUGAAUUGUCUACGGGCGGAAAACGAAAAUAAACCUUUAAGAACGAUAAUAGUUCAAAGUAACCGACACCACCGGGCUCUAAAAUCAUAUACAGAUGUUGGAAAAGUUGCAGUUGAGAGUCUCUGCGGGCACAACCUAAAAUCGCCGUACGACGUUCUUAACAAGGCUGUCACUUGGUCAGGUUCUUUGUGUUGAGAUGGUUUGUUUGUGUUGACGAGAACAGCUCCUGGGGUUUCCUGCAAUGCAUGGGGGAGUCAAUUAGUUUGGUUUCGUGUAGGAAGGUCUCAGUUUGGAGGUAAAGGGAGUUCGGCUGCAGAACACGUAGCUUAACCACACGAUAUUAAGAGGGGGUUUAAAGAGGAGAUGGGCAAUUGUUUGAAAUCUCCGACGUCGGAUGAUAUCUCUUUGCUACAUGAAUCCCAGUCGGACAGAGCUAGUUAUGGUGACGGGACAGACCCGGACCAGGAGCCACCGCCGCCAUACCAGGAGCAGAUCCAGGUGCCUGUGUACCACCCCACGCCCAGCCAGGCCCGCCUGGCCACCCAGCUGACGGAGGAGGAGCAGGUGCGCAUCGCCCAGCGGAUCGGCCUCAUCCAGCACCUGCCCAAAGGCGUGUACGACGCCGGCCGGGACGGGUCCGAGAAGAAGAUCCGAGAGUGUGUGAUCUGUAUGAUGGACUUUGUGUACGGAGACCCUAUCCGGUUCCUGCCCUGCAUGCACAUCUACCACAUGGACUGUAUAGACGACUGGCUGAUGCGCUCCUUCACCUGCCCGUCCUGCAUGGAACCCGUGGAUGCUGCUCUGCUCUCUUCCUACGAGACCAACUGACCCCUCUCCGCCACCAGCACCGCCGCCCCGCCACCUCCACCGCCCCCUGCCUGCUCCUGUAGGCCUCCUCCACACUCACCACGCCAGUAGCUCCAGGCAGGAGAGGCAGGGUCUCCGGGGGUGUCGAUAACGGGGAAGGGCCGGGGUUGUGGAUCUCCGAGGUUGGCGGGAGGCCCAGGCUCCCUCCCCGCGGACGGCGGGGGAAGCGGGCGUCGCCUCUCUCGCUCGGGCCUGCUGGCCAGGGAAGCCCUACGGGAGGGGAGAGGCCCGCGAUUGGACGAUGUUCGGCAGGAGUCGCACUUCACCAAAAAGAACCUUUCCAUGCCCAUCGAUUGUGGUACACGCUGACGACGUGCGGAGGAAAACCACAAACAACCCUAAGGACUAAUGGGAAACUUGAUAAAUCCAAAGGGGAAUGGCCUUGCGUAGAACUCUGACUCCCGCUGAUGUAGUCUCUUCUCCUGGGAGAAGAUGGAUUCCACGCCACAAAAGAAGAAGGGUGACUCUUUGGCUUCAUCUUUGUUUAAGGUCUAUUUGUUCUCAACAGAGGGAGGAUCUCUGUUGCAAUCAGUCUGUGAAAGGGCUCAUUUGAUUUAUUUGAAUUGGGGGGGGGG